AUGCUCGAGCAGGCCAACGACGAUAACCAAACCUUCACUCACACCAAUCACCAAAGGCGCUGGUGCUGCCAAAGACGCCGCCAAAUUGAGUGCGAAAGACAAAUGAUGGAAGAAAACAACCAUAUGCAUGGCAAUCCCGCCGAAGCCACUUCCACCACAGCUUUGACUACGGGCAGUGCAAGCACGCUUAGAGGAGCCAUUGAGCUUCAGCCUUACGACGUCGUUGUAGGGGCUUCUUUGUCCGGUGUAUCCUCUUCAGAAGGCGAGUCCGAGUCUUCAGGCUCUGAGUCUUCUGAAUCAGAUUCGGAAGACGAAGAGUCUGAAGCAGACGAUUGGGAGGAGUCUGAGUCUGAAGACAAUACGACUGGCGGCGCAAGAUCCAUUAGAGGAGCCAUUGAGCUUCGGCUCCACGAAGGCGUUGUAGAUGGGGCUUCUUUGUCCGGUGUAUCGUCUUCAGAAGAUGAGUCGGAAGACAAUGAGACUGUUCCGGAGGAAGACAACGCCUCGAAAGGAGAUGACGAGGAUACCGGUGUCGUAGUAGGCACGAACAAUCACGGGCAACGACGGUCAAGACGACACCCCAACAAGACAAAAGCUUUUGCCGACAAAUACACCGGAGGGUUGCAGAGACAACGCAAACACAAAGAUAUUGAUCCAAGCGCACAUCGCGUGGCAGCACGUGCAACAUGGCAAUGGCUCCGCAAGAAAAGAAUGGCAUCUGUGCUAGACAGCAGCGAAGCACAAGUCGAAGAUAGGGAUGCGACAGAUGAUUCCGUUAGGGAGAUCUUGCAGGACCAAAAUGUUAGAGCUCCAACUGCAACCGCUGAGAAUAGGCAUAGACUAUCUUUUGGUCCACGGCCAAGAACACAGGAGAAGAAAGACGAAGUAGCCAAGUCGAGUGAUGCCCCAGUACAAGCCAGCAACAUAUCAGAUGCCCCUGUUAGUGGUGAUUUUGGUGCUUUGAGAUGGGCCAUGGGCAUGAGCGCGUCAAAGCACUCUGCUGCGCCUCCGAGUACAAGUACAGAAUACACAGCUCCAAUCACAAGCACAGAAAACACAGAUCCGCUUAUAAGAACAGAGAGUAUCCAUACACAGCCUGUUGA